UUGUUUCAGGAAAUGGUACACUUGUUGUUGUGCAGCUGGAUGUUGCUGAAUAGCAUUUCUAUGAACUUGCUGUUUAGUCUCUCUGUUGUUCAGAAUGGCGAAGAACCCUAAUUUUCAGGAAGCUGGCAAUCUGCCUACAGGCUACAUCCAUUGUAGAUCUUCAGACAGCUUUAGUGGCUACCAAUAUCACCAUCCCUCCAAGAUGAGUAACAGCCAUCCACUUCGUCCUUACACAGCUGUGGGUGAGAUUGACCAUGUUCACAUUCUGUCAGAGCACAUUGGUGCUCUAAUGAAUGGGGAAGAAUAUAGUGACGUUACCUUUAUUGUAGAGAAGAAACGUUUUCCAGCACACAGAGUGAUCCUGGCUGCUAGGUGCCAUUAUUUCAGAGCAUUAUUGUAUGGUGGCAUGAGAGAAUCUCAGCCUGAAGCAGAAAUUCCUCUUGAGGACACCACUGCAGAAGCCUUUACCAUGCUGCUGAAAUAUAUUUACACUGGUCGUGCUACACUACGAGAUGAGAAAGAGGAGGUUCUCUUAGACUUCCUAAGCCUAGCACAUAAAUAUGGAUUCCCAGAACUGGAAGAUUCCACAUCUGAGUAUCUUUGCACAAUACUUAAUAUUCAGAAUGUCUGUAUGACAUUUGAUGUUGCCAGCCUUUAUUCCCUUCCCAAAUUAACUUGUAUGUGCUGCAUGUUCAUGGAUAGAAACGCCCAAGAAGUGCUCUCCAGCGAAGGCUUCCUGUCACUUUCUAAGACUGCUCUUUUGAGUAUUGUACUGAGGGACUCAUUUGCAGCUCCUGAGAAAGACAUUUUCCAAGCCUUGAUGAAUUGGUGUAAACAUAACCCCAAGGAAAACCAUGCUGAAAUCAUGCAAGCAGUCCGUUUGCCACUAAUGAGUCUAACAGAAUUACUGAAUGUUGUAAGACCUUCUGGAUUAUUGUCACCUGAUGCCAUCCUAGAUGCCAUUAAGAUUCGCUCUGAGAGUCGGGACAUGGACCUCAACUAUAGGGGCAUGUUAAUCCCAGGAGAAAAUAUUGCAACAAUGAAGUAUGGAGCACAAGUUGUAAAAGGAGAGCUGAAGUCUGCUUUAUUAGAUGGAGAUACUCAGAACUAUGACUUGGAUCAUGGCUUCUCUCGACACCCGAUUGAUGACGACUGCCGUUCUGGGAUUGAAAUUAAACUAGGGCAGCCGUCAAUAAUCAACCACAUACGAAUCCUCCUAUGGGACAGAGAUAGUCGGUCUUACUCCUACUACAUUGAAGUGUCCAUGGAUGAGUUAGACUGGAUUCGGGUUAUUGAUCACUCUAAGUACCUCUGUCGGUCCUGGCAGAACCUGUAUUUUCCUGCCCGUGUCUGCAGGUAUAUUCGAAUUGUUGGGACCCACAACACAGUGAACAAAGUUUUCCAUAUUGUGGCAUUUGAAUGCAUGUUCACAAACAAAACCUUUACUCUUGAGAAAGGUCUGAUAGUUCCCACUGAAAAUGUUGCAACAAUUGCAGACUGUGCCAGUGUGAUUGAGGGUGUAAGUCGCAGUCGCAAUGCCUUGUUGAAUGGAGACACCAAAAACUAUGACUGGGAUUCUGGGUACACAUGCCAUCAGCUUGGCAGUGGAGCUAUUGUAGUGCAGCUAGCACAGCCCUACAUGAUUGGAUCAAUACGGUUGCUACUUUGGGACUGUGAUGACCGGAGCUACAGCUACUACAUUGAGGUUUCAACAAAUCAGCAGCAGUGGACUAUGGUGGCCGAUCGCACAAAAAUUUCCUGCAGAUCCUGGCAAACAAUCACUUUCGAUAAACAGCCUGCAUCUUUUAUCAGAAUAGUUGGAACUCACAACACAGCUAAUGAGGUAUUUCACUGUGUGCAUUUUGAGUGCCCAGCACAAAACAGUAACCACAAGGAUGAGAGUAGUAAGGAAGUGGCAACAACGGACGUGGGGAGUGCUGGACAACAGGUUGUUUCUCGCCCUGUUCGAGCUGCAAGCACUAGUUCCCUGCCUUCCCCUCCUGGAUCCACCUCACGUUCACAUGCCCACCAACCGUAAAGGAGACUGAAAGGAGACUUUUGCAGCCCCAUUGACACUAUAUGAAGUUAUUCAGAACCAUCUUUUGCUGGCAUCUUUUCUUUCCUUUUCUCUGUGAACAAAGGGGACCAUGUCUGAAAGCUGGAAAUGCUGAAAUAGAAAACACUUUUCCCAAGGACAUGAAGAGACUGCUUCCCUCUCCUCAAUUUGUUCAAAUCAGGCUGAUCUCCAAGAGGGGAGAAAAUAGGUCUUCAAUCUUCAUAAACUACCCCAUUAACACCCUACCUCUUUAACCAAGGUGAGGAGAACAGACGGAAAUAAAAGGCAGAGCUACAGUGAAAAUGUAAAAUUACUUGAGCAGAAUGGAGGGCAUAUGAAAUAAGUAUUUGUUUCUUGAAAGCUUCCAUUAGCAAAGAAAAUGUUUAUGGAGCACAUCGAUCCAGAAUAUAUGUUCUUUUUAAAUGUUAUUCUUCAAUCAUAUUCCUUUGUAACUAGUAAUCUGCCUUCUAAUUUUUUUUUACUCU